AUGCUGAGUGUUGGUGCCAGGAGUCCCCCACUGCAUUUCAUCACCACGACACCCACAGGUGGGCCCCAUCCCCAGCAGGAGGUGUGGAAGCAGAGACACCACAAGGUGGGUCCAGGCGAUGAGGAGGCCUGUACUGGCCUGGUGCUGCAGGUUCUGCCGUGGAUGGAUGGAGGGAACAGGUGCGUGGCCUGUGGGACAGCCAAUCUUGGCGUUUCUCUGAGGCUACCUGGAGUCCUGGGCAGUAAGGGGACCCCAGACCCUACAGCCCAGCUCUGUGGCACAAAGCUUCAGUUUCCUCUUCUGGGCACAGGAGGAAAUGACAAGCUAAGCAGGCCUGGAGAGCAGCAGCAGGGAAUAGACACACCUGUCUUCCAGCGCCGCGCGCUCAUUGGCUGUGAGGGCCGUCAGUCGAGGGCGGGCAGUCAUUGGGCGCAGGCGCGUAAGUCCUGCGGCUGCGUAGUAGCUGUAGGCUCCGCUACCGCUAUAUUCAAGUCAGUAGCGUCUGGAGCGCAGCGGGCGAGGCAGCUUCGGCUGCUCUCUCCGUGCUUCGGUCCGCUGGCCCGGGCAGGAGCGGCCCGUGCCGUCCUGUCCGCGCAGCGGGCCCUGCGAAGACCAGAUGUUGAUGGACCCGCGCCGUGCUCGGCUGCGCCAUCCUCCCGGCGCGCAUGCGGGGGCGGCACCGACCUCGUGCCCCGGCCUCGGACCGCCGCCUCGCACCCGCUAGGCUCCCGGUGCGGUACUCGCCUUUCUCGUGUCUCCCGCGGCGGGCGGAGGGCUGCGCUCGACCCGGACUUGGAGCCGCUGCCCCGUACGGACUUCAGAGAGCUCGGCCGAGAAGCGGCUCCCGCUGUCGCAGAUCUGCAGUGGAGGGUCCAGAGCGGGCCCUACUUAAGGGGUGAAGGCGACGGCGACAGCCCUCCGGGCUGGAAGGUCUCCACAGGGAACAACUUCGUCUGUCUGAAGUCAACUCAUGAAAGUUCUACUUGAUCCAUUUCUGCAAACAUCUGCUGUUCCCUACCUUCAGGGUCACACGAGGCAGAUGAGUGAAAUCAUCUGAUGCUUGUCUUUCUCCAUCCUGCUCAUUUCCCUGAGCAU